UGUCAGAUUGUGAAUAGAUGAAUGUUCAUUCCAAUCCAUUUUAUAUAUCGACAUAUAUUAUAUUCAUAUCUUAAACCUCAAGUCUCUGAGGAAUAUAAAAGAGAAUUUUUCUACCAUAAUUCUGAAUUCUUCACUGUUAUGGUUCUCCAUCUUAUCUGCAUCUCCUUUUCUUUGAUUUUAACGCGCAUUCUGCGUAGCUUUUAACCUUAUGAGUGAUUCAUACUACCACUCAAAUUAGCUUCACUUUCUGCUGCACCAAAUUCAGAGUUGUUUAGAUUAGUUCAUUUGUAAAUGAACACUCAGAAGAUUGGUUGCCAAGAAAAUGUAGAACAGAACCUUGGGUUCAUUAGGGACUACAAUUUUGAUCAUGUUGGUUUCCAACAGCCUUGGAACAUGGGAUUGCAGCAGCCAAAUCCUGGGGCUUCUAAGUCAUCGUCCACCAAUACGAUUAUGGGUGGUUUUCAGACGCCUGGUGCUGCCUUUUAUGCAACUGAAAGAUGCAUGGGGUUUCCCCAGUACGGGUCGUCUCAAGGAGGAGCUGCUUUUUGCUCUCAAUACAACAAGAUCUGCAGCAAUUCACAGUUUCCUUCAUUUCACGGCUUGGGGGACAACUUUUCAAUCCAAUCGGUUGCUCAAGGUGAACCAAACUAUGAACCCAGGAAUACAUUGCAGUCACCAGUGAAAUCUCAGAUUUUUUGCGAUAAGUACCAGAAAUCCUCGGAAAAGUCCUACAAAAUUCCAUGCACAAACAUACAAACGAGCCAGGUUUGGUCACAUGAUCUGAGUAACUUGCUUGGAAACAAUGCUGCCACCGUGGGGAAUCACUUUUCGGUUCCUUUCCGAGGAAAUCAGGAUCAAAGAGUUUAUUGUAAUUCACAUGGUUCUUCGCCUGCAAAGCUAAGCUUCUUUCAACAAGAGAAGCAAUCUUCAAACUAUUCAUCUGGUUCUGGGGGCUUUUCAGUUUCAUCGAGUAACGCCCCUACCAGCGGCUCGGUGCUUGCUAGUAAAACUCGAAUAAGGUGGACGCAGGACCUCCAUGACAAGUUCGUGGAGUGCGUUAAACGCCUUGGGGGUGCCGAGAAAGCAACCCCGAAGGCAAUUCUGAAACUGAUGGAUACUGAAGGAUUGACCAUCUUUCAUGUUAAAAGCCAUCUGCAGAAAUAUCGAAUAGCAAAAUACAUGCCAGACUCUGCUGAAGGAAAAUCAGAGAAAAGAACGAGUACAAGCGACGUAACUCAGAUCGACGACAAAACUGGUUUGCACCUGACAGAGACGUUGCAACUUCAGUUAGACGUCCAGAGGCGUCUUCAUGAACAAUUAGAGAUUCAGCGAAAUCUACAGUUGAGAAUCGAAGAACAAGGAAGGCAGCUUAAGAUGAUGAUUGAUCAGCAACAAAAAACAAGUGAAAGCCUCUUGAAAAAACAAGAUUCCAACAUCACAGCAUUUGAUCCUGAUCCAUCAUUUUGCUUCGAAGACGUUGAAGAAGCCUCGAUUGCAGAAAGUUCAGGAACUUCUCACCUUCCAUCCAAGAUAAGUUAGAGCUUAGCAAGUUCACGUCCCAUUUAAAUAAAAAAAAAAUACAAGCUUUCAUGGCAUGCCACCGAAUUGAACUAUUUAUGCACAUCAGGCUCUUGUAACAAUGCCCAGUUUUAAGUGCCAUAGACUGGUCAAUAUGAUUCUAUUGGGAUAGUUUGAGGAGAAAUUGUUUUUGGCAUGUGGAAGGACUUUAUUUAGAAAUUGUUUU